GGGAGCAGAGGCAGCAAGGCUCUUUCAUGCCUGGAAAAAUAAAAUGCUGGCUGUCUCCUGGCAUUUCAGAGCCUAAUCUCAAAAGGAUCAUGCGAAGAGGAAAUAGAGUUUAGCAUGGCAGACCGCUCUGCAGGGUACACUUGUCCAUGGAAUUUUCCCACAAAUCAUACCACCACCAUGAGAGAAAAAUGAUUAUUGUUGACUCAAAGCUCGAAAAAUGAGCAGGCGGACUUGCUGGGUGUGUACGAUGUGCAGAGAUGCGUCGAAGAGGCCCCCUUCAAACCUUACUUCGGAGGAAGUGUCACAGUGGGCCCAGUCUUUUGAGAAGCUGAUGGCGACAAAAUAUGGGCCGGUAGUCUACGCGGCAUACCUGAAGCUAGAGCACAGCGACGAGAAUAUCCAAUUCUGGAUGGCCUGUGAGACCUACAAGAAAAUCGCCUCGCGAUGGAGCAGAAUUUCUCGGGCGAAGAAGCUUUACAAGAUCUACAUCCAGCCACAGUCCCCUAGAGAGAUUAACAUUGACAGUUCGACAAGAGAAACCAUCAUCAGGAAUAUUCAAGAACCCACUCCAACGUGCUUUGAAGAGGCUCAAAAAAUCGUGUAUACGCACAUGGAGAGAGACUCAUACCCCAGGUUUCUCAAGUCGGAGAUGUACCAGAAACUUCUGAAGACUAUUCAGCCCAAUGACAAUUCCUGACGACCACUCAGAAGCUUAAAGUGAAGGCAGUCUAUUGAAAGUAUUGGCUUUGUUCUUCUAACUUACACACACACACACACACAAUGCAAAACAGAGUAGGAAUAAAGUACAAGGAAAGGAACUAUAAAUUGAGUUCUCGUUCCCGAAGGGAAACAGAUCUCUGAAGGGAUGGACUGGAGAACGCUGAUCACAUGACUAAUACAAUUUAUGGCAUACCUAAGUAGUGCUCUGAAAAAGGACAGUCUUUCUUCACAACGCCAAUCUUAUUAACGUUUUUACUGUGGUCAUCAACUGAUGGAAGUUUUCUUAUUAAUGAAAUUUUGUCACAAUAUACAGAUUGGUCCUUCAAAGGUUGUAGCUAUAUAAGUUGUGUCUCUAGCACAGUGGUUCUCAA